AUGCUUGUAGAUGUACCAAUACUUGGCUUGAUCACAGAGAAGCGGCGGAGAAAGGGUGAGACGAGGGAGAGAGGUAAGGAUUGUGGUACCUUCCGCGUUGAGACUUCGCUUCGGCCCGUUAUUUCCUUGCUACCGAGAUCUACUUUGACUUCGACAAGAAAUUCCAUCGACGGCCUGCGAAAGAAAAUUAUUGGCAGCGCAGCUGCCAAUCUAGACACCGCGGCCACCGCCCGCGAAAAUCCAAAAAUUUCGCAGAAGUAA